GUGUAACCAGCAGAUGGCGCUCAGCUGCUGCUGCUCCACCUGUGCAGAGAUUCACUGAAUAACACAACAGCUACAAAGAGAAUGAAGAGCAGCUAAAUACAAAAUAAAAUUUCAGGGUUUAAAGUCUGUUCUGACUCAUCAGGAGACGGAACGGAUCCGAAAUGAACUUCGAGGUCAUGAGCGAGAGUCCGUCUCUGUCCCGUCCUGGAAUGAGCUGAUGUUUGGUCAGAUCCAUCAUGUGAUCUGCGUUAAAGUUCACGUGCAGCUGAGCUAAGACAUUUUUUUUAAUUCACAGAGGGAAACAAACAUUUAUAUUUCUCAGAGUAAGGUUUUAUUAAAGUAAGGUACUGAAACGCAGGUGAAAAAUGAAGUCUUCAGUGAUGAUUCUUCUUUAAAGUCACUCUGUCGGCCUCAUUUUGAAUCACUGACUCGGGUUCAGGUACAGGUGUUUCCUUAUUCUCCGCAGGGGGCGGGGCCAGGGUGAAUGGAGGGCGGAGUCAGUCGUCAGGGCUGGUUGUGUGUCCGUGGGGCGGUGAUCAGUCGUGCGUGAGAAAGGCAGAGCGUCAAGAGAGUUGCUGUGUCUCGGCCAUGGCCUGUCUGAUGGCCGCCUGGUCCGUCCACAACCCCUCCGUCACCAACUCCAUCAUCAUGAACACUAACGGGCCCCCGGACCUGAUGUUGGACCCCCGGACGGUGUGCGUUUGUAUGGACGAGGUGGUCAACAAGUGGCCGGUGGGCAGCCAGCAGACGCCGCUGCUGCAGGGGCACCUAAAAAAGGUGGACAACAACCUGACGGAGGCCCAGAGGUUCUCCUCGUUACCACGGAGACCGGCGGUCAACAUCGAGUUCAAAGAUGUCUCCUACUCCGUUAGAGAGGGACCCUGGUGGAGGAAGAAAGGUUACAAAACUUUGCUCAAAGGGAUCUCUGGGAAAUUCACCAGCGGGGACCUGGUGGCCAUCAUGGGCCCCUCAGGAGCCGGAAAGUCCACCCUCAUGAAUAUUCUGGCCGGAUACAGAGAGACAGGGAUGAAGGGGGAGAUCCUGAUCAACAGUCAGCCCAGGGACCUGCGCUCCUUCAGGAAGGUUUCCUGUUACAUCAUGCAGGAUGACAUGCUGCUGCCUCACCUCACCGUGCAGGAGGCCAUGAUGGUUUCGGCCAACCUGAAGCUGCAGGAGAAGGUGGAGGCUCGCAGAGAGAUGGUCCGGGAGAUCCUGAUGGCCCUGGGUUUACUGGACUGUGCUAAAACCAGGACGUCUCACCUGUCGGGGGGUCAGAGGAAGAGACUGGCCAUCGCCCUGGAGCUUGUCAACAAUCCGCCGGUCAUGUUCUUCGACGAACCCACCAGUGGUUUGGACAGCUCGUCCUGUUUCCAGGUGGUGUCUCUGCUUAAAGCUCUGGCUCAGGGAGGACGAACCGUCAUCUGCACCAUCCACCAACCCAGCGCCAAACUGUUCGAACUCUUCGACAAGCUGUAUGUUCUCAGUCAGGGUCAGUGUAUCUACAGAGGCAAAGUCUCCAGUCUGGUUCCCUACCUGAGAGACCUUGGACUCAACUGUCCCACCUACCACAACCCUGCUGAUUUCGUGAUGGAGGUGGCGUCCGGAGAGUACGGGGAUCAGAUGGUCAGACUGGUGAAGGCAGUCCAGGACAGGAAGUGUGAGAAGGACUAUCAGACUGAGCUGAACGGAGACACAAACCACCACCCGUUCCUGUGGCAGCGCACAGAGGAGGAGAGUUCGUCGUCUGAAGGCUGCCACAGUUUCUCAGCCAGCUGUAUGACUCAGUUCUCCAUCCUGUUCAGGAGGACGUUCCUCAGCAUCCUCAGAGACUCGGUGCUGACUCACCUCAGGAUUUCGUCUCACAUUGGGAUCGGCGUUCUGAUCGGGCUGCUGUACCUGGGCAUCGGCAACGAGGCCAAGAAGGUUCUGAGUAACUCGGGGUUCCUCUUCUUCUCCAUGUUGUUCCUCAUGUUUGCGGCUCUGAUGCCCACAGUGCUCACAUUUCCUUUGGAGAUGGGAGUUUUUCUGAGGGAACACCUGAACUACUGGUACAGCCUGAAGGCUUACUACCUGGCCAAAACCAUGGCUGAUGUCCCCUUUCAGGUAGUAUUCCCGGUGGUGUACUGCAGUAUUGUGUACUGGAUGACAGCUCAGCCUCCAGAUGCCGGCCGGUUCUUUCUCUUCCUGUCUCUGGGGGUCCUGACCUCUUUGGUGGCUCAGAGUCUGGGUCUGCUGAUCGGAGCCGCCUCCACCUCGUUGCAGGUGGCGACGUUUGUCGGCCCAGUCACAGCGAUCCCGGUUCUGCUGUUCUCCGGGUUCUUUGUCAGCUUUGACACCAUCCCCUGGUACCUGCAGUGGAUGUCCUACAUCUCCUACGUCAGAUAUGGUUUUGAGGGUGUCAUCUUGUCCAUCUACGGUCUGGAUCGAGAGGAUCUUCACUGUGAUGAAGACGACAUGUGUCACUUCCAGAAGUCUGAUGCCAUCCUGAAGGAGCUGGACAUGCUGGACGCCAAACUCUACCUGGACUUCAUCGUGCUCGGCAUCUUCUUCUUCUCUCUGAGGCUCAUCGCUUACUUUGUCCUGCGGUACAAGAUCAGUGCCGAGAGGUAGGCCAGGACCAGGACUACUCCUACUAGCUCUGAUGAUAAUGAACACACAGAGGGAGAAGAUCUGAGCAUCCUGUGUUUAGGCCAAAGACCUUUAGGCCAAUGUUAGCGUGUAGUCGUGGAGUUUGUCUACAUGUGAACACUGAAUUGACUUUGGCUCUCACGACAUGAAGACGAGACGAUGUGAGGGACACGAUGGAGCGGCAGGGUCCAGUUCAGUCUGAGGGGACAUCAGAGGUCUGCAGAUGUAGAUUUGAUUCUGUUAGAGGCCUCAACCUCAGAGGACAAGGUGAGGACAUUCAGGUCCUGCAGGAACAGGAGCUGGUCUCCUGAUUCCUGAGUGUUUCCCUGUGGCAUAAGCUGAAGGACCACGAAAAGCUGUCUGACAAAACUGGAGAAGACCUGAUGUUUCUGUCCCGUCACCAGAUUAAAACCUGAGACGUGAUGUGGAACAACUCUGGACGUUUGCGAUCACUAUGUUUUUAAAGACAUUUCUGUUACUGUAGUUAACUGUAGUUAACUGCUGAGGUCGGGGUCAAAGGUGAAAGCAGCACGAGGACAGACCCAGACCAGCACUGUA